AAACCCAACAAUAAUGGCGUCAAAAGGAUUGCCUAAGAUUCCCUUCCGUCUUGGAGAUAAGAAGAUCCACUUCCCCCAACAUGUCUUCACCCUCAUCCGCUCCCCAAAAAUUCGCCCAGACCAAGCCGCCUUCAGAGUCCCACUAAACGUCAACAAGUUCGACGUACGAGAUUACUUGUGGAACAUCUACGGCCUGAGGACCUACGCCGUCAAAUCCAUGAUCUAUGUCGGAAAGAUUUACAGAGCCAAGGCUUUCAACCCAAUCAAGGGCCAAUGGCAGGCACUGGACUGGAGAAGACGCUCAAGUCAGAAGAAGGUUAUCGUGGAUAUGGACAGACCGUUCGUUUACCCAGCAGCACCGGAGAAUUUGUCGCCAUACAACAAGUACCUGCACGACAUGAUCAGUAAGAUCAGAAGGACGCCGGGUGCAUUGAAAAAGGGAGUUAUUAAGCAUCCAAAGCUAAGGGAGCAGUUCAAGGAGGCCAGGGCAAAGCACCUUGCCGACCAGAAAGCAUUGAAGGACGAGGACACUGCAGCGGUGACAGCAGAGUAG